AUGGUCAAAGAAGAAAACUCCCUUAUGUCUCCGCCAUCUGAGGGCGCUGCGGUUGUCCCACUUGACUCAUCCAUUCGAACUACUCCAAUCCACCCCGACCUUCCUGAAAUACAAGUCCCAGGAGCACCGUUACCAGUCUACCGUUACCAUCCACUUACCUGCCAACCAAUUGAGGAGCAAGAUGUACAUUCUGAGCUUGAACAAUUGCGGCAAGAAUUCCCAACACGCGAAACCGCUUUAAGAGCACAGGAACAAGCCGCCAAGGAAGUCAAGAGGAAAAUUGAGGAGGCCGAGAAAAAGAGAGAACACGUCCAACGAGAAAUGGACAAGAAAAAUAAGGAACGCGAUACAGAACUCAAGGUUGUUUCCAAAUUUCACCAUGUGAAGCCAUCGGACAUCCCGUCUUGA